AUGGCCAAUAAGACGAUACAUCAUUACGGAAGUACAGUUUCACCCAUGUUAAGAGCUCGAAAAGCGGAUGCCGCCUCUCCAAAUGGAUUCAAUCGAUCUCUUCAAGGUUUCCCUAAGGUCGAAUGGCAGUCAAAGAGAAACAUACCGAGACGCCAAGGAUGCCAAAACAUUUGGAGUGGCUCUGCACCAUUAUCCCUACCACGAGUAUCACAAGAACAAAGUGUCAAUCUGAUAUUGGCCGAGAGUCUUGAGUGUACUAUGGUCGGAGAAAGGCAGGGUGGAACAAUGUCAUUGAAUCCCAGAAUGGGAAGAGAGGCACAAAGCUACUACUAUUUCUAUUCCGAUAAACCAUGGCGGUCUCCAUCUCCUUCAUCACGCUCGUUGCAAAUGUUUGGAUCUCUUGAUGAUGACGAUAUCAGGCCACUAGAAAAUUUCCUUCCAUCACGUCCUACCAUACAGCUUGUCCCUGGUGAGGGGAUUCCGAGAAUUUUAGAGGCGACAGAUAUACGCAACACCCCAUGUUUGUAUCCUACUGCCACCAAUAACAGUACACCAAUGAAGGGAGUAACCAACGCAAAAUAUCAUAACCCCCAUCCGCAGAGGCAGUUUUUGAUCCCCCCGGGAUCGAAAUUCUCCACGACAUCUUUGAGCUCCACGCAGUGUACACGAAGACCUGCCUGGUCUCGGUCACGUUUAGCAAAGUCCAGUCACAGUUCCAUCUUCUAG